CGAAGCGACAGGAGGUCGCAUGAUGACUGUUCUUGGGACGCGAUUUAGCAGCGGGGCCUCUCCUUUCAGUCUUUCCAGAGGCAUUCGGCGUUGUUGAUAUGGGACUGCGAUUCCGAUUACGCUUGUGUGCAUGCAGUGCUCCACGACGCGGGCGCUUCUGCGGUCGCGUGAGCCCGAGACCGUGACACGCCGGCGGCCAAGGGACCGCCGGCGAACUAUCUGAAGCAUGACAUCCACAGUCUUGUGGCAGCGCGUCGGGCAAGGCCCCCGUGUGAGGACCCGUCCCAGGCCCCGAGUCCGGCUGGGCCUGCGGUCCCUGUCAUGCCUCGCUCUGGCCGUCUUUCUUUUCCUGUGGCUGGUUCUGCCGUACGACUCCGCCGUGCGGCUGGCUUUCCGGUUCAACUUCAAGAGACUCGAGGCUGCCUGGACGUCCCGGCCGAGUGAGCGUUGGGUUUACGCGCAGCCUCCUCCAUCCCCAGUCAACUUCGAUCUUGGCCGAGAUGUGUUGGUCGUGCUGAAGACUGGGUAUGGCACAAAGGACCGGGUCCCCGCCUGGUUCGACGCGCUAAGCAACGUGAAUGCUUUUCGAGAUGUCUUGAUCAUCGCCGAUUACGAGGGCCAGGGCGCGCAGGGGGACGAAGACUAUCCCUACUCCUUCAAGUACCGCGGCCAACGACUUCGGGUCCGAGAUGGGGUGGCGCACUCCCUUCGCCAUUUGCGCGCUCACACGUCUCACCCCAGGAUCCAGAAAUACGACGAACUGAGCGAGGCCAUCUCUGAGGGCGAUGAGGCGUUGGCUCUCCAACACUGCAAGUCGUUUGGCUGGGAACUGGACGCGAUGAAGUUCAUGUCCGGUCUCGAGAUGGCGUUCCAGGAGUUCCCCGACAAGAAGUGGUACCUCCUGGUGGACGACGACACCUUCGUGAUCCAGCCCUCGCUCAAGCCACUUCUCACACAUCUCAACCCUAAACAGCCCCACUACCUUGGAAACGCGGUGGGCGAUUUCAAGGCGCGGUUUGCUCACGGAGGAUCUGCCGUCAUCCUCUCGCAGGCAGCGAUGCGCGCCCUGUUCAAGGACCCACGGGCGCUCUCCUCGGCUUAUGUCGACUCGCUCGACGAGACAUGGGGCGAUCGGCUGCUGGCCAAGGCCCUGCUCAAGCUCGGCAUCUACCUCGACGAGACCUACAGCCACCUGUUCAAUGGCGAGCCGCCGCUGUUGAGCAAGAUCCGCGCCGACCGGCUCUGCUCGCCCGUUCUUUCCUUCCACAAGCUGGCGUCGCCGGCCGCGAUGAGGGAGCUCGGCGACCGCUUCCGGGACGUCAGCAAGCCGGUGCUGUGGAACGAUCUCUGGGAGACAUACGGGCACACGCCGCCGUGGAGGCAGCCGGGUGCGGAUGCGGCGUUCCAUCAGGAUUGGGACCAUGUCGGGGAGCCCGACGAAUCGACGCUCACGGUCCGCGACGUCAGAACGGCCAAGGCUUGCAAGAAGCAUUGCGAUCGCCGGGCCCGCGCCUGCCUUGCCUGGUCUUGGGACCCCGAGACGCAGGACUGCCGCAUCAGCCACUGGAUGAUCGUGGGCAGCGAAGCCCCCGGGCGCGUUUCCGGCGUCAAUCUCCCACGGGCAAAGUAUUUGGAGGCCAAUUGUAUCCUUUCUUGACGGGACCAAGAUUUUUUUUUUCUUCCCAAUCGUUGUCGAGGGCCAACAUCAGCCCGUCGGCACACAACAACAACGACAACAACGGCGCCCCCUGGCUGAUCAGGCAAUGAUCAGACCCCCCAGAUUUCUGCCAGCUCCACAGUCACGUUACCUAAUGUAAAAGGAUUAACCAGAAGGAUUUCCCUCGCGGGCCAGGCAUGCAACGAAGCUUGGCAUGCGGCUCGAUCCGGACUCCGUCCAAGUUGAUCAUUGUACUACCCGAGGACGCAGUAAAGCUCUGGAUGUUUCGAUGAUUGAAGAUGGAGAAUUACACGCCGCAAUCGCGAGCUAAAUUGAUAUGGGGUGCUGCCGACUGUGAGAACCCCACCAUUGUAAGCUAACGCGGCCAAUAAGAACAA